CAAUACAUCGAUCAAGCGCAACAUCACAGAAAGCGUAUAAGCUCACUAGUGUGCAGCAAAUGCAUCAUCAACGAUGUUGCGGAGGGACUUUUUCAAAAUGGCAUCUUCUUCGCCUACGACCCACGAACUUAUUUUGCAAGAAUUGGAGAUGGGACCCAUCUGACCACAGUCGGUAUCGAGCUUUUACGGCCUUUAUACAAAAGGAUUAUAGAGAAGUUGCUUCAAGAACUAAAUAAAGAAUCGCUGCAUCAAGACAAAGGGAAACAAUGAUGAAAUUCUAAGGGUCCGAAAGUUCUGUCGUUUCAUUUUCAAAUAUUUAUAACUUUGCGC